UUAAGCGAAUCUAGUACCCCAGGAGACGAUGACCGUUUCACGUGAGAACUUCAAAUUUAAAUUAUUUAGAUUUGUUAUUUCUUUCUAUAAGAAGUUUGCAAUAUGCUAAACCAGUGUUAGCAAGUCCCAGACCAGUCGUCUUCACAUCUGCAGUCAUUCAUUGCACUAACAGGGCCUGAGCAGGAGCAACACUCUAGGAGAUCGCGAUGGGAGUCACCGGCCUGGAUAAGAUCAAAACCCUGCAGCGAAACCCGGCUAACAUCAGAAAUCUGUGCAUCCUGGCACAUGUUGAUCACGGUAAAACCACUCUGGCUGACUGUCUGGUGGCGAAUAAUGGGAUCAUAUCAAGUCGACUGGCUGGGAAGCUGAGAUAUCUGGACAGUAGGGAGGAUGAACAGGUUAGAGGAAUCACCAUGAAGUCCAGCGCCAUCUCUCUGCACUACAGCACAGGCAACCAGGAGUACCUUCUAAAUCUGAUCGACUCUCCUGGUCAUGUCGACUUCUCCUCUGAGGUUUCCACAGCGGUGCGGCUGUGUGAUGGAGCCAUUGUGGUUGUAGAUGCUGUUGAGGGUGUGUGCCCACAGACCCAGGUUGUCCUCCGACAGGCCUGGCUUGAGAACAUCAGGCCUGUUCUGGUCAUUAAUAAGAUGGACAGGCUCAUUAUGGAGCUGAAGCUCACCGCUCUGGAAGCAUACACGCACCUGCAGAAGAUCCUGGAGCAGGUCAAUGCUGUCACAGGGACUCUGUUCACGUCUAAAGUGCUCGAAGAGCGAGCGGAAAAGGUGAAGGAGGAGGUGAACAGGGACAAGGACCCAAGUGGAGAUCAGGUUUAUGACUGGAGUGCUGGACUGGAGGAUGCUGACGACUCUCACCUCUACUUUUCUCCUGACCAAGGAAAUGUGGUGUUUGCCAGCGCCAUAGAUGGAUGGGGUUUCAGCAUUCAGCAUUUUGCCCACAUAUACAGUCAGAAGAUGGGGAUCAGGACUGAGGUGCUGCUGAAAACCUUGUGGGGAGACUUCUAUCUCAACACAAAAAUUCAGAGAAUCAUGAAAGGCGCUCAGACCAAAGGAAAGAAGCCGCUGUUUGUGCAACUUGUGCUGGAUAACAUUUGGAGUUUGUAUGAUGCAGUCAUUACUAGAAGAGACAAGCAGAAAGUGGAAAAGGUGAUGACCUCACUUGGGAUAAAGGUGAUGACAAGGGACCUGCGUCACUCUGACCCAAAAGUUCUCCUCUUUGCUAUCUGUAACCAAUGGUUACCAGUUUCCAAGGCUGUCCUCUCAAUGGUGUGUGAGAAGCUUCCCAGUCCUUUAGAGAUGACAGCAGAGAAAGUGGAGAAGCUGAUGAGUGUUGGAACCCGUCGAUUUGAUUCACUGCCUGAAAGGACGCAAGAACUGAAGACAGCUUUCCUCCAGUGUUCCAGUGAGAUAAAUGCCCCAGUCAUCAUUUUUGUGUCCAAAAUGUUUGCUGUGGACACCAAAGCUUUGCCUCAGAAGAGACAGAGGCCUUUAAACCAGGAGGAGAUUACUCAGCGUAGGGAAGUGGCAAGACAAAGGCAUGCUGAGAAACUGGCUGCAGAGAGCCUUGAGAGGGCCACCCGGUCAUGUAGUGCUCCAGGAGAAGCUACUAUGACACGUCUGCCUCUAAAACCAGAGGAGGAAGAGGAGCAGAAGGAGGUCUUCAUAGCAUUCGCAAGAAUCUACAGUGGGACAGUCAAGAAAGGUCAAAGGGUUUUUGUUCUGGGACCAAAGUAUGAUCCUGCUCAGGGCCUGAGUCUGCUGCCAGAAGGAUCCAGUACAUCUGACUGUAUUCCGGAAGUACCUCAUCUGUCCUGUUGUACCGUGGAAAACCUUUACCUGCUUAUGGGCCGAGAGCUGGAAGAGUUGGAGGAAAUCCCUGCUGGAAAUGUUAUGGGCAUUGGAGGUUUGGAGGACUGUGUCUUAAAGACAGCUACCCUGUCAGCGUCCCUUGCUUGUUCCCCCUUCACCCCACUCAACUUUGAAGCUGCACCCAUUGUACGGGUUGCUGUAGAGCCAAAACAUCCAAGUGAGAUGCCAAAGCUGGUUUCUGGGAUGCGUUUGUUGAACCAGGCAGAUCCAUGUGUUGAAGUUCUGAUACAGGAAACAGGAGAGCAUGUUCUGGUCACUGCUGGAGAAGUUCACCUGCAGCGCUGUCUAGAUGACCUCAGAGAGAGGUUUGCCAAGAUAGAGAUUAGUGUGUCUAAGCCCAUAAUUCCAUUCAGAGAAACUGUGGUGAGACCUCCAAAGGUGGAUAUGGUGAAUGAGGAACUUGGCAAGCAACAAAAAGUUGCUGUCAUUCAUCAGGUGAAAGAAGAACUCUCUCAGGGUCGUUCAUCUGACUGCCAGCAUGUGGAUCCUGAUGGUCUUGUUACCCUCACCACUCCUAACAGACUUGCUACUGUCUGUGUACGGGCCAUCCCAUUACCACAAGAGGUGACUGUUCUCUUGGAGAGAAACUCUGAGGUAAUUCGGACUCUGGAGCUGAUGAACUCAUCCCUCAGGGAGGGGAGAGCCAUGGACAUAAAUCUCAGGACCCUGGAGGCUAUUGCAGAACUGAAAGACCAUCUUCAGAGCUUGCUGCAGGGAAGAAAGUGGCGGAACGCUGUGGAACGGAUCUGGGCUUUUGGGCCUCGGAGGUAUGGUCCCAACAUUCUUCUGAACAGCAUUAAAGACUACAGCCGACCAUCAGUGUGGCAGUGUCUUGAGUGGAGACACAGUAAUGAUCAAGUUAGAGCUCCAGCUUCUCCACUCCGAGACUUUGAUAACAGUAUCAUCAGUGGUUUCCAACUUGUAACCCUGUCUGGUCCCAUGUGUGAAGAACCCCUGAUGGGAGUUUGCUUCUCGGUUGAGAGGUGGGAUGUCGAGUCUGUAGCUUUUUCACAAAAUCCAGACACCUUGAAAGAGGACUCUGUUUCCCCUGAAGCAUUGCAAGAUGUCAAUUCACAUGGAAACAGUGAAGAUGUGAUAGCAGAGCGAAAGAUGGAUGCUUCUUCUGUGGACUGCUAUGGGCCAGUAUCUGGCCAGCUGAUCGCAGCCAUGAAGGAGGCAUGCCGGCAUGCCUUCCAGGCUCAGCCCCAGAGACUGAUGGCAGCCAUGUACACUUGUGAGAUCAUGGCAACUGCUGAGGUGCUGGGCCGGGUUUAUGGUGUACUUGGAAAGCGAGAAGGUCGAGUCCUCCAUGAAGAGAUGAAAGAAGGGACAGAUAUGUUUAUCAUCACAGCUGUUCUUCCUGUGGCUGAGAGCUUCGGAUUUGCUGAUGAGAUCCGCAAGAGGACAAGUGGACUGGCCAGUCCACAGCUGGUUUUCAGCCACUGGGAGGUGAUCAGCAGUGACCCAUACUGGGUUCCUACCACAGAAGAAGAAUACCUGCAUUUUGGAGAGAAGGCGGACUCUGUGAACCAGGCCCUGAAAUACAUGAACGCUGUCCGUCGACGGAAAGGUCUUUUUGUGGAGGAGAAGAUCGUUGAGCAUGCAGAGAAACAGAGGACACUUGGCAAGAACAAGUAGAGGAGACAUCUGUCCAUCCUAUCAGAGAGAAAUGUCAACAUUAUCUCUCCGAUAAUGUUGAGAUCUUUCAAGUCAAUUCAGCAACAUUUUGUGUUGGACUAUACUAUACCAUCAGUCUGUAAUGUCAUCAAGCAGUUGUCCUUGAAGCUCUAUUAUUGUAUGGCAGCAACAGCAAACUUCCUCAAGUUUCUAAUUCAAUGAGAUUAAAUGACAAAAUAUUAGGAAUAAAGUCUGUAGAGAAAGAAAACAGUGCUUUGUUCACUUUAAAGGUAAACAAAUGUAAAUGCCAAAAGUUGGUAUUAGUUUCAAUAAUCAAUCAAUCAAUUUUAUUUGUAUAGCACAUUUCAGCAACAAGGCAUUUCAAAGUGCUUUACAUCAUAAAAACACAAGAACACAGUCAUGUAGCAAAGAAUCAACAAUUAAAACAUUACAUUAAGUCAAGUACCACUGUUAAAUUUGUAGUUGAUUAUGUUUCAAAUAUUAUAUAUGUAUUAUAUAUAAUAUCAAAUAAUAUCUACAUCAUUACAACUUAAGGGCGAGGAGGAAGAAGAGUAGAUUUGAUUAAAUAUUUCUGCUGUGUUUUCUGUGAAAAGAAAGUUUUGUGAUAGUAGCUGUUUGUCCAAGUGGGUUAAUGGAUAAAGAACUUUCAAAAUGAGAAACUGCCCUUGUACAGCUUUAUCAAUACAUUUUUAUAUAUAUUAGAGCCAGGCAAGGGGAAGAGAGUGAGCCCUCUGUAUAUGAGCAUGAUUGACAUCACAAAAAGUGUUAUUUUUGUGACGUCAAUCAUAAUUGAUUGCUUAUAUUUAGCGCUGGGAGAAGGCAGAGAAGCUCCUUUUUUUUUUUUUUUUUACAGGUUAUAUUUCUCUUACUGUUACGACAAUGACAGUUUCAACAAAUAUGUAGAAAAAAGUUGUAAAUUAAAUUUAGACCUCUUAUAAAGCUCUUAUUUUCAUAAAAAUAAGAGGUUUCUGUAAAGAGUGCAAGGGUCAACUGUACAUUACAUGUGAAAAGGAAGCAGACAUGCAGUUCGGUGUGUGAUGGAAAACAUGGAUGAAUCCCUGCACACAAGGUUUUCAAAGAGACCAUUUUCUGGAAGACUGCAUGCAGAAGUUAAAAAAGAACUUUGUGAAGGUAGACUGCAGCCACAUGUGUGGAGAGCAUCACAGACAGAAAAACUGAUGGACACUGGAGACCCUGAGCCAAGUCAUCUACCAAAUUUAGCAACUAUACGUAAAGCCAAACAAGAACAACAUGAAUCUGAAAUGGCUCAUAAAAACCCAGUAUUGUCACUACAGGCAAUAAAAUGUAGUUAUCCUCACAGUGGAAGUAUUAGUGACAUUGGAUUAGACAGAUUCUUCUGUCACUAGUGGAGUCCUACCCAAAUGAUGAUGUACCAGACAAACACCCUAUGGUUGCUCUUGAUGCAACUGCCUCAGUUGUAAAAAUAACAACUUGUCAGGCCGAACGGCUUGUCUGGACAUAUAUUCCUGUAUCAAGGAGCUUUAACAGGAAGCGACAACUCCCACAUCUCUGUGGUUCAAAUGCUGUCAGAGAGACAUGAUGUCCAGGCAAUCACAAGAUGGCUGUCAGAAUGGAUUCGCACUGGAGCACCAGUCCCAAAAGAGGCAAUUUCAGAUUUUUCUUUAGCUAUACUUGGUACAUUAGUUAAGGAUUUUACACAUUUUUCUGAUUUGAAGAGCUAUGUAAAUGAGUGCUUCGGUGUUCUGCUUCAAAACAAAUGCAGCAAACUGCCCCCAUGCUUCAUCUGAGUGGAUGUGGCACACCUGAUCAAAAGGAUUUCCCAGUGGGAUUGUUUGAGGAAACAACCUCAUUGGGUGAAAGACUUCUAUGUACGUUCAAUGGCACAGCUGGUCAAGUCGCAAUCUUUAGAGGAAGCAAAGGUCCUAAUACGCAGCAUUGCCGCUGUAGCAUUAAGGUAAUGACACUCAUGGUAACCCCAUCAUGUCAGAAGUGUGCAAAUCAAACCUUAAAAGCAAAAUUGCAGAUGACAGUGUCCAUUCCCAGUGUUGUGGUGCAACCCCCCACCCCCACCCCCCCUCUUUCUCUACUCUCUCACUCUCUACUUCCUCUCCUGAGAGGGCAGAUGUGCUAACCAGCUCUCCAUCUAACGGGUUAAUUGAGUUUCCUAAAUCUGCUGGGAUUUACCCUGUCACAGAGCGCGAGAACUUGUCUGGAUUGACACAGACCUUGGACAAUUCUGUGCCACAACUGUGGAGCAAAGUGUCCCCAACCCUAAGUAGUUUUCCCUCAGUGAAUUUCCGUCAGAGAUUCACACUGAAAGCCAUCAUAGCAUUUCAGGAGGGUCCAACGCCUGAAACAAUUGGGCAUUAUGUGGCGUUUUGUAAGAGGUCCCCGGGCACCUGGGAAAUGUACGAUGACCUCAGAAAAAAGUAACGACACCCUCUGAAAAGACCAGCAUAUGCCCUCAGGCUGUGCUCUACAUAAAAGAAUAAUGGUCAGCUUUCCUGACAGAAAGCAGUUUUUUGUUUUGAGUCAGCUGUUAUUUGAGUUAAUGUAUUAUAUUUGAGAAGCUAAGAAAGUUCAAUGUAUUUUUUUGUUCAAAAGACACUUCCCUUCAUUGUUCUGGUAGUUUCGUAUUUUGGUAACCAGCAUAUUAACAUUUUUGUCCAAUUGAAUACAUAGUUUAUUUUAAAAAUUGUUCAAUUCAAGUUUAUGUUUAGCAAUCUUUCACAUUACAUAAAUAAGACAUAUGUUGCUCUGAACAUAAUACUAAGAUGACAGGGAGUUAUGUUGGUUGAUAAAGGUCUUUCAACAUGGAUAACACCAAAAAUAACAUUUCAUGGACCAGAAGGGCAACUUUGAGCGCUUGGUGACAAAAAAUAAAGGUUGAAUGUAAUGUUUUUUUAAACAAAUUAAUAUUUUAUUGUAAAAUGUUGUUGAAUAUUCUGUGCUAUUAAUUGUAAAGCCAGAUAAUCAAGAUAAAUAAAAGUCAUUUGUCAAUUGUGA